ACGACGUCACCCUCACCAGCAGUUUGUGGAGUCCUUUGCUGCGGCUGAGCCUGCCCCACUGCCAAGAUGAUUCUGACACUGCUGCUUGGCCUCGGAGGGCCCCUGGGCUGGGGGCUGCUGGGGGCCUCGGCCCAGGGCACAGGUAGCGGGCUCUCGGAUCCACAAAAUCCAAGGCCGCCUGGGGUCUGGAGGGCGGAGGCUGAGGACACCGGCAGGGACCCCAGCAGACGUAACUGGUGCCCUUACCAGAAAUCCAGGCUGGUCACCUUUGUAGCUGCUUGCAAAACGGAGAAAUUCCUCGUCCACUCACAGCAGCCAUGUCCACAGGGGACUCCGGACUGCCAGAAAGUCAAAGUCAUGUAUCGCAUGGCACACAAGCCACUGUACCAGGUCAAGCAGAAGGUGCUGGCCUCCGUGGCCUGGAGGUGCUGCCCCGGCUAUGCAGGCCCUGACUGCCAGCACCACGAUCCCACGGCAGUCCCUGAGCCUGAAGAUCUAGGUGAUGGCCUCCAGGAGCCUUGGGAUGGGCCAGUCGGCUUUGAACCUGGCCACCCGGCAGCUGAGCUCAGCAACAUCAUGGAGCAGCAGGAACGCUUGCUGGGAGAUCUCCAGAAUGACAUUCACCAGGUGGCAGAUGGCCUCCCGGGCCAGUGGAAGGCCCUGGCAAGCAAUCUCACAGCUGCCACGAUCGAGGCAAAUCAGACAGAGCCUGAGGCGCCUGGCAGAUCCUUGGAGCAAGUGCUACUGCCCCACGUGGACGCCUUCCUACAGGUGCAUUUCAGCCCCAUUUGGAGGAGCCUCAACCAAAGCCUGCACAGCCUCUCCCAAGCCAUAAGAAACCUGUCUCUUGAUGUGGAGGCCAACCAACAGGCCAUCAAGGGGGUCCAGGAGAGCUCAGUGGCCAGGGCUGACUUCCAGGAGCUUGGGGCCAAAUUUGAGAGCAAGGUACAGGAGAACGCCCAGAGGGUCGGGCAGCUGAGGCAGGACGUGGAGGAACGCAUGCACGCCCAGCACCUCUCCCUGCAGCAGUCGCUCUCCGAGGUCGAGGCGGACGUGGAUGCCAAGUUGAAGAGGUUCGUUAAGGCCCAGGAGCCCGUCGGGGCCAAUGGCAGCCUGGUCCCAGCCGCGGCAGGGGCCGGGGCCAGGCCGGAGCCGGAGAGCCUGCAGGCCAGGCUGGGCCAGCUGCAGAGGAACCUGUCGGCGCUGCACACGGCCGCCGGCCGCAGGGAAGAGGAGUUACAGAGCACCCUGGCGGACAUGAGGGCCACCCUGGCGCAGCACGUGGAUGAGAUCAAGGAGCUGUAUUCGGAGUCCGAUGAGACCUUCGAUCAGAUCAGCAAGGUGGAGCGGCAGCUGGAGGAGCUGCAGGUGAACCACACGGCGCUGCGUGAGCUGCGCGUCAUCCUGAUGGAGAAGUCGCUGAUCAUGGAGGAGAACAAGGAGGAGAUGGAGCGGCAGCUCCUGGAGCUCAACCUCACCCUCCAGCACCUGCAGGGCGGCCACGCCGACCUCAUCAAGUACGUCAAGGACUGCAACUGCCAGAAGCUCUACUUCGACCUGGACGUCAUCCGCGAGGGCCAGAGGGACACCACGCGCGCCCUGGAGGAGGCGCAGGUGAGCCUGGACGAGCGGCACCAGCGCGACGGCUCGUCCCUGCAGGCCCUGAGCGGCACGGUGGCGGCGCUGUCGCGGGCGGUGGACGCGCAGCGGGCGGAGGGCGAGCGGGCGCGGGCCGACGGGGCGCGGCUGCGGAGCCAGCUGCGGGCGCUGGACAGCGAGGCGAGCGCGCUGCGGGCGGCGCACGGGGAGAUGCGGGCCGAGGUGGGCCAGCUGCACAGUUACUUCACGGCCCUGCUGGACGACGCGCUGCGGCACGAGGCCGUGCUGGCCGCCCUUUUCGGGGAGGAGGUGAUGGAGCAGAUGGCGGAGGAGGCGCCCGACCCGCUGCCCCUGCGCUACGAGCAGAUCCGCGCCGGCCUGCGGGACGCCGCCAGCGGGCUGCGGGAGCAGGCGCUCGCCUGGGACGCGCUGGCCGCGCGGGUGGCCGCUCUGGAGCGGGCGGCGGGGGCUGGCGGGCCCACCCCGGCCGGGCUGGCGCAGGAGCUGGAGCGCCUGGACGCCGACCUCCGGCGGGUGGGCCGGUGCUGCGAGGCUUCGGGGGCCUCCCCCCUCAACCGCUCCCUCGAGGGCCUCCACGAGGCACUGGCCGCCACCGAGCGCGACUUGGAGCAGCACCAGCGCCUCUUCCACAGCCUCUUCGGAAACUUCCAAGGGCUUGUGGCUGCCAACGUCAGCCUGGACCUGGGGAAGCUGCAGACCAUGCUGAGCAGGAAAGGGAAGAAGCAGAAGGGUCUGGAAGCUCCCCGGAGGAGGGACAGGAAGCAAGCAGAGACUUGGGCGGAUAAGCCUGUCCAAGGGCCGGUGCUCUGGGAGGCAGGCACCCCUGUGGCCUUCUAUGCCGGCUUUUCAGAAGGCACAGCUGCGCUGCAGACGGUCAAGUUCAAUGCCACUUACAUCAACAUUGGCAGCAGCUACUUCCCUGAACAUGGCUACUUCCGAGCCCCGGAGCGUGGUGUCUAUCUUUUUGCGGUGAGCGUUGAAUUUGGCCCAGGGUCAGGCGCCGGGCAGCUGGUGUUUGGAGGUCACCAUCAAACUCCUGUCAGUUCCACCGAGGAGGGGAGGGGCAGCAUGGCCACGACCUUCGCUAUGGCCGAGCUGCAGAAAGGCGAGAGGGUGUGGUUUGAGUUAACCCAGGGAUCAGUCAUCAAGAGAAACCCACCAGGCACUGCAUUCGGGGGAUUCCUGAUGUUCAAGACCUGAACGCCGGGCACAGCCCUGACCAGACGUCGUGGACUCACCCAGCUCUCCUUGGCCUGGAGCUCUGGCCAGGGUUGGUCUGGAGACCAUCCAAUUGGUCUAGUUCUUCCUGGAAAACUUCUGCAAAGACGAUGCGGUAUUUGGGGCCUUCCUCUAGAUGCACUGGGUUUGGCUAUUUCUUAAUGACGAGAAGAACUGGAAGGCUUCUGUCUGGGCAGAACCUGGCCCGGGGAAGUGUGAACCUUAGCUUGGCGUGCCGUCUGAGGCAGGAUGGCAUUGUGGGCUUCAGCUCUUUGCCACACCCUGGGUCCUGCAGCUUCUUUGGUGUGUUGCUCCUCCUGUGGUUGGAAACUUUAGAACUUUCUCCCACUUCUUCUCCCUAAUCUUAUGCUAGAAAAUCAUUCCUCCCCUGAAGGACUAUGUUUAAAAUGGAGGUGACAUCUUGGACAAUGCUGGAAACCAGUCUCUACCCACUGCAGGGCAGUAGGAGAAAACCGACCUGUUUGGCUUCUAUUAGAAAUGGGGACAAAGGCCUCGUUGAGUUAACCAAAGGAAACAAAAUUCUCUUUCCCUCAGGUUCGAUCCUUCCUUGAAUUUAUCUGUAAUCUUAAUUCCACUUCUUUUUCUCCUUGCCUCCUGAUAAAGGCCAGGACAUGCCAAAACAUGAACUAAAAUGUGUACAGCCUUCACCCUUUUUACUUCCUCCACUCGCUGAUGACCAUCCUCAUUCUCAUGAGCAUCUCUAACCAGUAAGGAGGCUGAGGGAGGGGAAGGACGAUUGUCAAAAUCUGCUUCGGUAACGAUCAGCUCUGGAAUAAAGCAAUGCCCUUCAAA